UAAAUCCAUAAAGGGACAUGUAGUUUUUCUUUUUAACUUUACGAAUGAAAGUUGAAGCAUGUGUUCAAAGGCCUGCAGUGCAAUGCUGUGAAAAAUCAAUGCAGUUAGAUCAAUCUGUUGAAGUGCUUUUCCGCCAGUUCCAUCUAUGUUACAUGGACCGACACACAAAUACUCAGAUUCACACACCGGGCUCAGAAGCAACAACUCAUAUAUGAACACACGAAAGCACAAAAUCAGCCCAGAAGCCAAGAAAUAACAAGACUGGGAAAUGAUGAACUUCACGGAGGAAGACCUGGACCAUUACUUACAAAAUCAGGCGGACCUCAGACAUCGGCAGGUCUCUAAAUCAGUAGAGGAUGUGCAAAAAAUAAUCAAAGACUUAACUGCUGAGAUCAGCUCGAAGGAUGCUCGCUUCCAAUCCAUUGCCAACUCUGGAGUUCACAAUGACAGCUUCAAAGAUCAGCCUGCUUUAGCAUCAAAAUGGUCUGCAUUACUUCGGGGAAGGUGUACAUUCAAUCCUGCCAUUCAGGUACUGACUCCCACUCUGUUCCUGAUUUCUGUGCCUGUGCGAGGCCUGAUGGGCUAUAAAGAAAGGCGAGCACGGCAGUGGAGGUACUACACACUGAGCGGCUCACACCUCCUCUCCCCAGUGCGAGAGCCAGAGAAGCUGCACCAGUGGCUGGAGCUGGAGAGCUUUGCCAACGCUUCUCAGGAGUGGCACGAUACCCGCUUGGCCAUGGAGGGUGACAUCGUACCUGCCAAGGUGGUCACUGUGUUUAAGGAGCAGGUAGAGGCCGCUAUUAAGACGUGUAGACUGACAGAGAAAGUGUGUGUGCUGGAGUCGGUGGGCUCAGUGGUGCGUGUUGCCGUGGAGACGUCGGAAGCGCAGAUUGAGGUUGAGCUUGUGCCCACAGUGGAGCUGAUGAAUUGCUGGCCAAAGAGAGCGCACUGGCCCCGGCUACUGCAGAGAUGGCCUUCGACUGAGCGCACCCGCUGCAUUAAGUCCUUUGGUUUCAAUCUCAUGGCUACUUCCAAUUACCACUGGCUGCUGUCAUUCUCACGGGCAGAGCAAGUGUUGCUGGGUUGUAUAGAUGAGGAUGGUGGCUAUCGCAGGAAGUGUUACAGGGUGGUCCGUCAGCUGAAGGAGGAUGUGUGGUGUCCAGGGAGCAAACCUGUCAUCACUGCCCACCAUUUACAGACUCUGCUGUUCUGGACGUGUGAGAAGUACCCAAGCUCCAGAGACUGGAGGAACCUCAGAGAGUGUGUUUUGCGGCUGGUGCACAAGCUGCAUAAGUGUGUUUCCCAGCGUUACCUCAGGCACUACUUUGUGAGAACCUACAACCUGCUGAAGUACACCAACACCAACGAGCUAGAUGACAUGGCCAAGAAAAUCUCAGACUUCCUGGAAAAUCCACACGUUUAUAUUCACUAGGAGCUCGCAAUAUUUCAUGAAACAUUAUGUGAAUAACAGUGCAUAUAUAUUUAAUAGCAUGACACAUAAUAGGCUUCUGAAGCUGUGCAUCAUUCUGUAGUCAGCACCAAUCCCAUAUUAGGUGUAAGCUUUUUUAAUAUGGGAAAAAUGAACAGCAUUUUCAAAAACUGCAAAAAGUAUACCUAUUUUUUGCUAAUGUCACUGGAUACUCUGAAUGACAAGGUCAUUGAUAUGAAAAAUAUUGCUACAUGCAAGCUACGAACACGCAGAACUGCACACAGAAAGGAUUCAUUUCUGAUUAAGGAGAAGAAAUCUGAUUAAGAAAACUGAUAAAGAGAGCUGCAUUUUAGCUUAGUAAUCAGAUUUCACACAAUGUAUACUUAAUACAGAUUUCUUUCAGAUUUCUCAGUCUGAGCAUGUGCGAAAACAGACUGCCGUACCGGAAAUAACCAAGCAGCGUUCGCACAAGAUGGCAGCAAAACACUUUUGGGGCAAUGCUGAAAUCAACUACAUGCUUGAAGAAAUGAAGGAUUUAAAUAUUCAUCAUCCACUAGAAGAUGUAUGUUCAGAUUUUCGUGGCAUGAAAGUUUUACAUGAGUUUUACAUGACAUUUACGUCACAGUCUUCGGUGAGUUUAGUGGCUGUUUGCAAAGCAGAAAGCCAGUGACUGCCUGACUCAUGUAGACCCGGAGUUUCCACAUUAUCUGAUUACUCAAGAGCUCAUUAGAUUACUGACAAAAAUCUCAUUUCCUGCUGUUAUCGGAUUAUGAAAUGCAUGUAAACACACUCACCGUAGUAUAUACUUUAUUGCGGGGGGCUAUAAAUGGAACAAAACGUAUCAACUUUGGAACAUUUUUUGCUACUAUCAUUUUUCCCCUAGAGAAAACCAGCUUAGAACCAGAGUUCCUAUAGUCAUGAUGUUGAUUACAGAAUGAUGAUAGGCCUUUGGAGGUCUAUAGAAGUACGGGAUUGGACUGUUGUUAAAUUCUUCACAGGUAAUUUAAAAAGUAAGAACUCUUUGCACCUAUUAGAAUAGAUGAACUGAACUGUGAGUUCUCUAAGCACAGUCACACUGUGUAGGUUAUUGUCUUUUGUGUAUAUAGACAUAAUAAUUUGUUAGACUUCAUAUUUUCAUAUUGUGCAUUUUGUUGUUGUAAUUACAUGAACAGCAGUUAGAUGGACCUGAACUCAAAGAACUUACUGAGCAGACAACCAGCUUUUUUUUUUUUUUUUUACAUAUAUCUGUAUGUAUGUUGUCUGCUGUGCUUUUUUUGUCAGUGUGCUGUAAUGGUAGAAUUCAUUAGUCCAAAUAUCUUUGUCCAAAUAGUCUUAAGAAGAUACUUGUUAAAUGUAACAGAAUAAACUUAAACA